AUGUCGCACCGGCCGCACCCUCUCAGACAGUCGCAUACCUUGGACUACCCUAGCAACGUCAACCGGCAAUCUUCUACCGCUUCUUCCAUAGCUUCGUCGGGGUACUCUCUAUACUCCGAUAACAGCCGAGCGAGCACCCAAACAUCUUCGGUUUCCAGCGGCUACACUCAUAAGAGAGGCAAGAGUGAUGGUUCCCGCUUGCAUCACGUUUCUUUCGGCGGAGAGAACCUCGACCACAAGAAAGACCAGGACAACCUUUAUUCUAUGGCUCGACAGUCCCUCCGACCACUCGCUCAAGCUCCCGCCCCAACAUCGGCCUCACCCGCAUCACCCACGCCGUCGACACCUUCUCCUCCCCGCCACCUCACUCGCCACGAUCGCACAAAAAGCGUGGAUAUUGGAAAGUUGUCGCACGCCCAGUAUGACGGCAGCACAUCUCCGACUCCGCUAUCCCGAACUCUCACUAUCCGGCCCAAUUCGAUGCUAGUCAGCCGUUCCGACACGGUCAGGGCAGGAGCCGCUCUCCCUCACGCUCAUGAACCACCUGCUCCUGUUCAUUCGACAGCGUUAGCCCGUCCAGACCUCGAGAAGCUCGGCCGAUCAUCAACCAGCCAGCUACGAACAUUAUCGAGGCUUGCCCAGUCCGAGUCUGCCGAAGGAUUUGCCAUCACCUCACCGGCGCAAGAAGUGGUCGGACUCCGAGGUCGUCGCAGAUUACAGAACAGCAACCAACAACGCGCUGGUGGCUAUGGCUGGGAAGGCAGAAAUUGGAUGGACAAGCAGCGCCAGUUUCUCCAGGCUUACGAAUAUCUUUGUCACAUUGGUGAGGCCAAGGAGUGGAUCGAAGAUGUCAUCCACCGAGCCAUCCCUCCCAUUGUCGAACUGGAGGAGGCCCUACGAGAUGGUGUUACCUUGGCGGAGGUCGUUGAGGCUCUCAACCCUGAACGUCGCCUCCGCAUUUUCAGACACCAAAAGCUGCAGUUCCGGCACUCCGACAACAUCGCCAUCUUCUUCCGGUACUUGGACGAAGUCGAGCUUCCCGACCUUUUCAGAUUCGAGCUGAUCGACCUAUACGAGAAGAAGAACAUACCUAAAGUCAUCUACUGCAUCCACGCUUUGAGUUGGCUCCUGUUCAGAAAAGGAAUAGUUGACUUUCGCAUCGGUAACUUGGUCGGUCAACUCGAGUUCGAGCACCACGAGCUCGAGGCGAUGCAGAAAGGCCUUGAUAAACUCGGGGUUAACAUGCCCAGUUUCGGUAAUAUGGGAGCUGAUUUUGGUGUUGAGCCUGCAACCCCGGAGCCCGAGGAAACCGAAGAAGAGAGGACUGAUCGCGAGUUGGCUGAGAACGAGGAGUCCAUCGUCGAACUACAAGCUCAAGUUCGGGGUGCGGUAGUGAGGAUGCGCCUGGGAGACACCAUGCAUCAGCUUUGGGACGCUGAGAGUUCCCUCGUCGAGCUUCAAUCUCGCAUCAGAGCUGAUUGGACACGCCAAAUCGUCGGCUACCGGCUCCAAAUGAGACGUUUUGCUGUCGAUCUGCAAAGCCUCUGUCGCGGAUUUCUCGCCCGCAACAGACUAGCCAACAAGGAGCGCUUCUGGAAAUCCCUGGAGCCCACUGUCUUGGAGCUUCAAAGUCUUAUUCGGGCCAAGAAGGUCCGUGAUGAGGUACGAGACCAGACAUCUCAGUUGGUCCAGCAUGCCGGCCCCGUCCGUGAAAUCCAAGCAGCGUUUAGGGGCUUCUUGGCCCGGAAAGAGCUUGUUGCUCAACAACAGGAAACUGUCCAGAAGUCUGGAGAAGUCAGUAAUCUGCAGGCUGCGGUGCGAGGAAUGCUGUUGAGAGGACGUGUUUCUAACGAUCUGCAUCACCUGGACAAACAAACCGACAACACGACGAGCUUGCAAGCUGCGGUACGAGGAAUGCAGUUGAGAGGACGCGUUUCCCAUGAUCUCCAUCUUCUGGACAGACAAGCCGACAGCAUUACGACCCUGCAGGCUGCCGCCAGAGCCUUGCAGACUAGAAAUCAGAUUGCUCUGGAGCAAGAACAUCUCCAGAGCUUUGCCCCCCAGUGGACGGCCCUCCAGGCUGCAUUCCGGGGCAAGUCAGUUCGCUCUGAGGUCACUGCCACCAAGGCCGAGCUCGGUGAACACGCCUCCGCGGUCGAGAGCCUUCAGGCGCACGUUCGUGCUGCUGCCGUCCGCCGCGAUGUGACUCAACUGCUUGAACAUUUGAACAGCCACGAGCCAGCCAUCAUUGAUCUGCAGUCCAUCUCCCGCGGCACGCUUGAGCGACGUCGCAUUGCUGCCGACCAAGACGCUCUCAUCCGGGUCGAGCCCAAGAUCACAAAACUGCAGGCUCGCAUAAGAGGCUACCUUCAUCGCCAAAACCACACCGCUCUGCUUGAGGAGUUGGAGUCUCACACCGCCGAGAUCGAGAAGCUGCAAGGCCUCGCAAGAGCCAUGAUGGUGAGGGGUGAUGUUUUCAACCUCAUCUCAGACAUCGAGGCGGAAGAGGUUGCCAUCACUGAAAUGCAAGCAGUCGCCAAGGCUUUCACUGUCCGCGCCAAGUUCCAAGAGAAGAAGCGCUUCUUCAAGGAGAACAUGGAGAAAGUCGUUAAGAUCCAAAGCCUUGUCAGAGCCAAGAUCCAGGGCGACGCAUACAAGAGUCUUACGCACGGAAAGGACCCACCGGUCAACGCGGUCAAGAAUUUCGUGCAUCUCCUUAACGACAGUGACUUCGACUUCAACGAGGAAAUUGAGUUUGAGCGGAUGCGCAAGACGGUGGUCCAGCAGGUUCGCCAGAACGAGAUGUUGGAGCAGUACAUCGACCAGCUCGACAUCAAGAUUGCACUGCUCGUCAAGAACAAGAUCACUUUGGACGAAGUUGUGAGGCACCAGAGCAACUACGGCGGCAGCUCCAUCGGUCUCCUGGCGAACUCUACCAUGUCCUCAACCAACCACUUUGAUUUGAAGGCUCUGAACAAGAGUUCAAGAAAGAAGUUGGAAUCCUACCAGCAACUUUUCUUCAACCUCCAGACUCAGCCCCAAUAUCUUGCUCGUCUGUUCAAGCGCAUUCGCGAGCAAGGAACUCCCGAAAAGGAGAGCAAGAGAAUCGAGCAUCUCGUCAUGGGUCUUUUCGGUUACGCCCAGAAGCGACGUGAGGAGUACUAUCUUCUGAAGCUCCUCUCCAGAGCCAUGCGAGAGGAGAUCGAAUGUGCCAGGACGUUGCAAGAUUAUCUCCGCGGCAAUUACUUCUGGACCAAGGUUCUCUCCAACUACACCCGCUCUCCACGCGAUCGCAAAUACCUUCGGGAACUCCUCGGCCCCAUCGUCCGAGACAACAUCGUGGAGGACCCUGCUCUGGAUCUCGAGAGUGACCCUCUCCAGAUUUACAGAGCAGCCAUCAACAACGAAGAACUGCGAACUGGACGACCGAGUAGGCGUCCUCUGGACGUCCCGCGCGAGAUUGCCAUCAAGGACCCCGAAACCAGAGACCUCUUCAUCGACCACCUGCGCGACUUGCGGGAGAUUUGCGACCAGUACCUUUUGGCCCUGGAGGAUCUCCUCCCCAAGAUGCCGUACGGCCUCCGCUUCCUUUGCCGGCAAAUGUUCGAGACCCUCUGCCAGCACUUCAAGAAAGACCCGCAGCACCACCAUCUUCAGGUCGUCACCAACUGGAUCUGGCGAUUCUAUCUUCAACCUGCUGUUACUUCCCCAGAGAACGUUGGUGUCAUCGAGAAGCAGUUGAGCCCGCUGCAGAAGCGCAACCUGGGCGAAGUUGCCAAGGUUCUCGGUCAGAUCGCCUCUAGCAGACCGUUCGGCGGCGAGAACAUCUACCUGCAACCUCUCAAUGCUUUUGUUGCUGAGUCCUGCGAGCGCCUCGCCCAGAUCACCCACGACCUCAUUUCUGUACCCGAUGCCGAGCAAAACUUCGACAUUGACGAGUUCAACGACUUGUACUCCAAGCACAAACCAACCCUCUACAUCAAGAUGACCGACAUCUUCGCCAUUCACAACCUCGUCGCAGCAGAACUGCCAUCAAUAUGCCCCAACCGAGACGACAUCGUUCGGGAAAUUCUGCAGGAUCUCGGUAGUGCCAAGAACAACGAGAACGAGAUGCUUGCGGCGGGUUCCUCCGACAUCCAGAUGUACCUUACGCCGAAGCUGCACGACAUCGAAGAUCCAGACGCAGAGGUUAAGGCACUCUUCAUGGAGACGAAGCGAUGCAUCCUGUACAUUAUUCGUGUACAGACCGGCGCCAACCUCCUCGAAAUCCUCGUGAAGCCGAUCUCGGACGAGGAUGAGCACAAGUGGCGGUCUGUCCUGCACGAUGAUUAUGUGAACGACGACAAGACGAGGGGCGCGUACUCGGAUGCCCACAUGGUAGACGUGUCACGCAUGUCCUACUACGACCUCAAGCGGACAGCUCUCGAGAACAUCAUGAGACUGGAGCACAUGGGCAGAAUCUCCAAGCACAACUACUACCAGGAUAUUCUCAACGCCAUCGCCCUCGACAUCAGAACCAAGAGCCGAAGACGCGUGCAACGCCAGCGCGAAGUCGAAGGUGUCCGGUUGACUCUUGCCAACCUCCACGAGAAGGCCAAGUACCUCGAGCAGCAACGCAAGAGUUACGACGACUACAUCGAGUCUGCCAUGACAACGCUUCAAAAGAACAAAGGAAAGAAACGGUUCCUGCUUCCGUUCACCAAACAGUACAACCACCAGCGCGAACUGGAACGCAGCGGGCGGGUCCCCAAGUUUGGCAGUUACAAAUAUAGCGCUCGGGCUCUGGCGGAGAAAGGCGUGCUCGUCGGUUGGAGUGGCGUCAUCGACUGGGAGAGGGUCAACCUCACCAUCUCCUGCGACGAGGUCGGCGUCUUCAACCUCGAGGGCUCCCGCGGCCACAUCCAGAUGCCCGGAGCGAGCGCCACCGUGCCCAUCGAGGGCCUGCUGCAGGCUCAGUUCGAGGCCCAUCAGUUCAUGAACCUCUUCGAGGGCAACCUCAAGCUGAACGUCAACCUGCUGCUGCAUCUUCUGUACAAGAAGUUCUACCGCACGCAAUGA